AUGGCGCUGGAAGCGGCGAUCUUCUCGCAAGACCCCUUUGGUUACCCACCAUUAUUCAAGGACUACUAUGGCAUCGACGGCAAAAUAAUGUUCAACGAUUCCAUCCCCACUACUCCACCGCCGCCUACGCAGCAGGAGCCGAUUCAUGGAACCAGCAGCAGCAGCUGCUGGGAUUGUUGUUAUUACAAUUACAACAAUAAUCACCACCACCACUCUACCUCCUCCCCCGAUCCCUGCACCAACGGAUUCGACGGCGCAUUUUUCAACCCGCCGCCACCUGUGACGGCGGCGUCCGCAUCCGUUCCCCCUGCAGCACGGCGGAAGCGGCGGCGGACCAAGAACGCCAAGAACGAAGAGGAGAUAGAGAGCCAGAGGAUGACUCACAUCGCGGUGGAGCGCAACAGGAGGAAGCAGAUGAACGAGUACCUCGCCUUGCUUCGCUCUCUCAUGCCCUCUUCCUACGCUCAAAGGGGAGACCAAGCUUCGAUAAUUGGAGGAGCAAUUAAUUAUGUGAAGGAGCUGGAGCAGCUGCUGCAGGCCAUGGAAGCUCAGAAAACGUCACAUCAUCAACAACAUGCUCAAAACGACGACGGUCAGGCAGGGUUUACUGAUAACGGCCGUUUGCCGUCGCCGUUAUUUUCCGAGUUCUUCGCCUUUCCACAGUACUCAACUCGGAACCAGACCGUGCAGGCUCAGUCGUCGCCGGUAGCUUCUGGCGACGGGAUGGCCGGCAGUUUGGGUGGUGGUGUAGCGAGGGAGGCGGCGGUUGGAGAGAUUGAAGUGACGAUGGUGGAGUGUCACAGUAAUGUGAAGAUUCUGGUCAGGAAACAGCAGAGGCAGCUAGUGAAGCUGGUUGCUGGGCUGCAGGGACUCGGGUUCACCAUUCUUCACCUCAAUGUUACCACGACCACCUCGGAUCAACUGGUUCUUUACACGGUUAGCUUUAAGGUGGAGGAAGGGAGUUAUUUGAACACGGUGGAUGAGAUCGCAGCUGCCGUCAACCAAAUGCUACGGCGGAUUAGUGAAGAAGGAAGUUGCAAUCAAGAAUGCUAG